AUAGGGUUCUAUACCAAGGGACGUGCCCUAGACUCACUAUCAGGCUUCUAUGAUGCUUGCGCAAUGGUUGAAGUAGACGAAUACCAGAACUAUGACAAAGCACUCGGGGCCCUGACUGAAGCCUACAAAUGUCUCACUAAAGCCAAGAUGAAGAAUCAGACUCAACAAGAAGAGAAACUGGCAGCCUUGAAGACGAGGAUCACACUCAUGAAGAAGUUUGUCACUGCACGAAGAGCCUAUGAUGAGGAUAAAGAUGAAGCUGUUAAAGCCUGUCAGGUCUUACUUGAAGAACCAGAACUGGAUUCAGCUGUUAGAGUUGGAGACGUUUUUGGAUUCAUGAUUGAACAUUAUGCCAAGAAGGAGCAUUGGAAAGCUGCAUAUGCAUGUAUGGAGGAGAUGAGAGCC